GCAGCAGCAGCAGCAGCAGCAGCAGAUAUGGGCUCUGGGCCUGUGCGGGCUUGCAGCGGGGGCUCGAGGAAGAAGCACCCGAGGCGGGCGGGAGAUCCUCGAGGCUGAGCUGCACUGCGAUCCUCGCAGGAGCUGCGUGGGGUCCUCCCGGAGCCUCCCGGGGCUGCUGCUGAGACAUCAGCCGGCCACUUGCCAAGGAAGGCAGGCAGGGCCCGUGCCUGGGUGCCCAGUGGGCACAUCUGGGGGACAGGCCCUUGAGGCCCAUCGGGAGCGUUGCAGGGGUCCGGGGCGCCUCUGCAGGGGUCCCCCCGGAUCCACCGGGCCGGGCUGCAGGGGGUGGCGGGGUGGGGAUCCCCUUGAUGUCCGGUGCCCCCUCCACCCAGAACUCCCCGAAGGCUGCCCUGGAUGGCUGAGCUGCCCCCUCGCCGGCCGGGUAGGCCCCGCAGCAGCUGAGCCGGGGAGGAUCGCCGAGCCCCCCACCUGCCCCCUCGGCCCCUUGCAUGCCUGGCGCCCAGGUCGCGGCCCACCUGGACGCCCUGGGCCCCCUGGUCCCCUCCUCGGUGCCGCUGCCCUCUAUGUUCUACGUGGGGCUGUUCUUCGUCAACGUGCUCAUCCUCUACUAUGCUUUCCUCAUGGAGUACAUCGUCCUCAACGUGGGCCUCGUCUUCCUACCCGACGACAUGGACCAGGCGCUUGUAGAUCUCGGGGUGCUCUCGGACCCCGGCUCGGGACUCUACGAAACCGACUCGGAGAUGGACGUCUUCGAUGGCUACUUGGAGUAGCCGCUGGCUGCUGGCUCCCCCUUCUCCACACACACAUACACG